CUUCCCCUCCUCUCCAUCCUCCUCCAGCAGCAGCUGCCUCUCCUCAGACAUGGAGAGCUGCUAGAAGCGCUGCAGCUUCGGUCCUCCUCUCCUCUCCUCUCUGCCCCGCUGGGUGCUGGAUCUACCAUGGGGUCUCCGGGGCUCUGGGCGGCCCUGUGCCUCCUCCUCACCGCCUCCUGCCGCCUGUGCACGGCCGCCCGACACGGUUGUUUGUUUGAAAAGAAGCUGUGUCCCAGAGAUCAUCGCUGCAGUGAAGAUGGUUUGUUUGGACAGUGCCAGGCUCCACACCAGGAGCCCGUCCAGUACCGGGUCUCUGUGCCGGUUCUGCAUAAGCUGCAGAAAAUCCUCAAAGACCUGAUGGUGCAGGGUCUGACGUGGAAGGACGAUCUGACCCAGGCCAUCAUCAGCCGGGAACUGAGCCAGGUUCCAACCGUCGCUCCUAAAAAGGAAAAGAAAUCAUCCAAACAGUCCUCCAGAUUGCUGGGUCCUGGUCCUCAGAGGGAUCAAGAUCCUGAAGGUCCAGCAGACUUUGAGAUGAUGCAGCAGUACCUGGACUAUAUGGUCCUGGACCCGUCUCGGUCCUCAGUGCACAUGCAGACGCCCCUACCAUACACCUACCACAAGCAGUUCGGCUACCAGGACGAGGAGGAACGCUCCCUCAACACCCUGGAUGAUAAUCCAACCUUCCACAAGGGGAACUCUUUGGACCGGGACCGACAGCUCCUCCAGGACCUGAUGUCCUUCUACCUCAGCCCCUCAACUUCAUCCUCCUCUUCCUUACAGUCUCUGCCCCGUCAUAGGGGGGCGGUAGCCGCAAGCCUACCCUCCUCUGUGUUUCCUGAGCUGGACUUCCCUCUGGACUACAGCGAGGACUACGUCUCCCAGGUUUCCGAGCUGAGAAAGCAGCCGGAGCCAGAGACAGAGAAGCAGCAGCAGCAGCAGCAGGAAUAUGACAUCCUGUCAGGACUGGAUGGGCGCUCUCUGCAGAAACUGGCUCUUUUGCUCGACCACUACGGCCUGAAUGUGAAGGAUCUGUCUCCUGAGCCGAAGGACUACCUGCCGGCGGCUCUGAAGCAGCCGCAGCUCGAUGCUUCCUACAUUCCCAAAAAGAGCAAAGAUACAUACGGAGAUAACGCAGCAGCAAAGAAGAAGCUCACGGAGGCUUUAAUGGCAUAUAAGACGGUUUUCCAGAAGGCUCCUCCCCUCGCCACCAAUGCAGGUGGAGAACAGAAGGAGGCACCUCCACCUGAGGCAGCGAAUCAGGAUAGAGGAGGAACAAAGGAGUUUGGAUUUAUCAUCACCAAUCAGAGCCCCCUCAGUCUGAACGACGGGGUGCGACUGCUGCAGCUGCUGUCAGAAAGAAUCGGCCUCUCCGCCACCGCCAUCAUCAACAUCAGCGUGGUCGGACCGGCCGUCACCUUCAGAAUCAGACCCAACUCCAAGAACCUGACGGCUGCAGAUGCUGCAGAUAAAGCAGUUGCAGAGAAGAACUUCCUGGAGUCGGAGACGGGCUUAAAGGUUCUUCAGAGCGGCGCUGAACAGACAAAUGAGGGGAAGUCGUUGCCCCUGGCAACCAGAGUGCAGCCCAACUCCCGCUGGGUGUUUGCCACGCUGGUGUCCAUGGCCUGCAUCGGUGGCAUCCUGGUGGCGGCCAUGACCAUCGCCUGCCUGCGUCACCACGCCCAUCGACUGGCAGCAAAGAAGCUGGGCCUGGGACCGGAGGGGGGCAGUUUCACCCACCAGGAGUACCAGGACCUGUGUCGCCAGCACAUGGCCUCUAAAGGUGCCUUCGGACGGCUGGAAGCCGCUGCCCUGGGCGCGGUUGGAGGGAGUGGCGGAGCGGCUGGAAGUGGAGGAGGCGCAGCAGGUGGAGUCGGGGCGGGAGGAACAGGAGGCGAAGGGACAGACUCCAGGGUGAGCAGCGUGUCGUCCCAGUUCAGCGACGGAGCCCAGCCCAGUCCCAGCUCCCACAGCAGCACACCGUCCUGGUGCGAGGAGCCGGCGCAGGCCAACAUGGACAUCUCAACUGGUCACAUGAUUCUGGCUUACAUGGAGGACCACCUGCGGAACAAGGACCGUCUGAUGAAAGAGUGGGAGGCUCUGUGUUCCUACCAGGCAGAACCCAGCUCUGUAUCCGUGGCUCAGAGCGACAACAAUGGCAAGAAGAACCGCUGCCCCGACUCGGUGCCCUAUGACCACUCGAGGGUGAAGCUGAAAGCAGACGGCAACCCUUCGCGCUCCGACUACAUCAAUGCCAGCACCAUUAUUGAACAUGACCCCAGGAUGCCGGCCUACAUCGCCACUCAGGGGCCCCUGUCCCACACCAUCUCUGACUUCUGGCAGAUGGUUUGGGAGAACGGCUGCACCGUGAUCGUCAUGAUGACGGCUCUGGUGGAAGAUGGAGAGAAACAGUGUGACCGUUACUGGCCCGAUGAAGGCUCCUCUCUCUACCACAUCUACGAGGUGAACUUGGUGUCAGAGCAUAUCUGGUGUAACGACUUCCUGGUGCGCAGUUUCUACCUGAAGAACGUGCAGACCCAGGAGACCCGCACGCUCACGCAGUUCCACUUCCUCAGCUGGCCGGCGCAGGGAAUCCCCACCUCCACACGGCCCCUGCUGGACUUCCGCAGGAAGGUGAAUAAAUGUUACCGAGGACGGUCCUGCCCCAUCAUCGUGCACUGCAGUGAUGGUACUGGCCGGACUGGAACUUACAUCCUGAUUGACAUGGUUCUGAACCGCAUGGCUAAAGGGGUGAAAGAGAUAGACAUCGCCGCCACACUGGAACACGUCAGAGACCAGCGGGCGGGGAUGGUUCGCACCAAGGACCAGUUUGAGUUCGCACUGACUGCGGUGGCAGAGGAGGUCAACGCCAUCCUCAAAGCUCUGCCCCAGUGAAACCAGGAUAAUCUGGACCGGUCUCCUCACAUUUAUAGGGAUUGAGUGAAUGCACCACAAGAUUUAUCCAUUUAAAAACACCUGGUUUUAUGUCCUGUAGCUGCAACUGUGCUUCAUUUUGGACGGAGUUUAUCUGCUUCUUGUUACAUCUUCCUGCUCGUGAUUUUCUCCUGUAAGGAGGCUUUGUGCCAUUUAACUCAUUUUCUGUCUCUGGGUAUGUAGUAGUUUACCUCAAAGCAAGAUAAAAUAUAAAAAAAAAUAAUUUAAAAAAGAUAUUUUGUAUAUGUGAGACGUACAAUAAAUCUUUGUGUUUAAGUGUUGCAA